UCUACAGUCUCAUCAAGCACGGGAUACGCGCCGUUCGAAUUGAAUUACGGUUAUAUGCCCCGCUGGAUGACUACUCCAGUGGGGGAGAGUCCCUAUCGCGGUGUAUCGUAUUUUGCAGAGCGUGCGCGGGCGAACCUGCUCCGUGCUCACGAUGCUAUUAUCGAGAGCCGUGUGAAUCAAACUUACUACGCCAAUAAGAAGCGGCGUGAGUCUCCUGAAUUUUUCAAAGGACAACUUGUGUACUUGAGCACGAAGAAC